CGAGAGUCCGCACGUUGUUAAUAUGAGUUAAAUCAUCGUUGUUGGAACAUGUCUUCAUCCGAUAUGACAAAUACGAGUUUAGCGGCAUCAAAUGCUCUCGCAAAUUCUUUCAAGUACACUCUUCCUGGACCAUUGCCUCAAGCUACCCAUCUAAUGACGCAAGCUGCUUUGGAACUUCAUAGAGCAAGAUUAAUUGAUUACACCAGCAGAUUGAGAUACCCUGCACUCCCCUUGCCUCAUCCUUUUAAUCAACCAAUAGAACAAAAUUUGCAUCUUUUUCAUAAAGAUAGAAGAUUCUUUAAUUUUCAUCAGGAAGAACCAAAACCAGCUCAUUCAUAUAUAGGACUAAUAGCUAUGGCAAUAUUAUCAUCGAAAGACAAGAAAUUAGUUUUAAGUGACAUUUAUCAGUGGAUUUUGGACAAUUUCUCUUAUUUUCAAACUAGGGGACCAGGCUGGAGGAAUUCAAUCAGGCAUAAUUUAAGCUUGAACGACUGUUUUAUCAAAGCUGGAAGAUCAGCUAAUGGAAAGGGCCAUUAUUGGGCUAUACAUCCUGCCAAUGUAGAAGAUUUCCAAAAGGGUGAUUUUAGGCGUCGACGAGCGCAAAGAAAAGUUCGGAAGCACAUGGGUCUAGCCGUUCCCGAUGACGAAGACUCACCAAGUCCUCCACCUGCACCAACACCCGCAGUUAUUGAAUGGCAAGCAAAAAUGUUAGCUCAAAAACGAGAAGAAGAACGAAGUAAAGCUAUAAAAACUGUGUCGAAAAGAAAGAAGCGUCUCUUCGAUGUUGAGAGCCUUUUGGCGCCGGAUACACCCGAUCAAGAGGAAAGUGAUAUCGAAAUCGACGUCGAUGAUACGGUAAUUAACAGCGAUGAAGAGGAAAAGACGUUUUUGCGUGAGCUCUCUCCAGUGAGUAAUUCGCGAACGGCGUCACCACUGGAUAAUAUUUGACAAUGUAGUUGUAUAUUUUCAUAAUUUCGAAGACACGCAUGAUGCAUUAAGG